AUGUCCGCCGCCCGUCUCCUCUCCCGGGCCGUCCGCCCUGCGGCCAUUGCCCGCCAGCCGAUGCGCGCCCGCUCGCUCGCUACCGCUGUCCAGCACGCCGACCCCAUUACCAAGACCUCGGUUCUCUCGAACGGUCUUUCGGUCGCUACUGAGACCAUCCCCGGCGCCUCGACCUCGACUGUCGGUCUCUGGAUUGACGCCGGUUCGCGUGCCGACGCCUCGAGCGCUUCGGGUACCGCUCACUUCCUCGAGCACCUCGCGUUCAAGGGCACCAAGUCGCGCUCGCAGAUGCAGCUCGAGCUCGAGGUUGAGAACCUCGGCGCCCACCUGAACGCCUACACCUCGCGCGAGCAGACCGUCUACUACGCCAAGGCCUUUGACAAGGACGUUCCCGCUGCCGUCAACAUUAUUUCGGACAUUCUCCAGAACUCGAAGCUUGACGAGUCGGCUAUUGAGCGCGAGCGCGACGUCAUCCUCCGCGAGCAGGAGGAGGUCGACAAGCAGAUUGAGGAGGUUGUCUUUGACCACCUCCACGCUGUUGCCUUCCAGGGCCACGCCCUCGGCAACACCAUCCUCGGCCCCAAGGAGCACAUCAACUCGAUCAACAAGGCCGACCUUUCGGGCUACAUCUCGAAGAACUACACUGCCGACCGCAUGUGCCUCGUCGGCUCGGGUUCCGUCUCCCACGAGGCCCUCGUCGAGCUCGCCGUCAAGAACUUUGGCUCGCUCCCCGUCUCGUCCACCCCCAUCCCCCUCGGCAAGUCGAGCCACGCCCCCUCCAAGUUCACCGGCUCCGAGGUCCGCAUCCGUGACGACACCUCCAACACUGUCAACAUUGCCAUUGCCGUCGAGGGUGUCGGAUGGAACUCGCCCGACUACUGGCCCAUGCUCGUCAUGCAGUCCAUCUUCGGCAACUGGGACCGCUCGCUCGGCGCCUCGCCCCUCCUUUCGUCGCGCCUCAGCCACAUCAUCUCCUCCAACAACCUCGCCAACUCGUUCAUGUCGUUCUCGACUUCGUACUCGGACACUGGUCUCUGGGGUAUCUACCUUGUUUCGGAGAACUUCAUGAACCUCGACGACCUCGUUCACUUCACCAUGAAGGAGUGGACCCGCAUGUCGCUCCAGCCCCACACCUCGGAGGUUGAGCGCGCAAAGUCGCAGCUCAAGUCGUCGCUCCUCCUCUCGCUCGACGGCACCACCGCCAUCGCCGAGGACAUUGCGCUACACCCCAAGGAGAUUGAGCGCGCCGUCAACGCCGUCUCCGUCGCCGACGUCAAGCGUGUCGCCGAGAAGUACCUCUGGGACAAGGACUUUGCCAUGGCCGCCCACGGUCGCGUUGAGGCUAUUCCCUCGUACGACAGGUUGAGGGCCGACAUGAGCUCGCUCACUUACUAA